AUGGGGGCGUUGGAGGAAGGAGUAAGGCCAAACAAGAAUCCUUGCCGGUGGAGUGAAGAAGUGGAUAGGGCUGAGGCGGCUAUGGAGGAAGGUGUAACAUUAACGGUUGAUAAGGGAAAGACGACAUCGACGUCGAGAAUUGUGGUGGUGACGUGGGGUGCGGUACAGAGGAUGACAGAGACCUUGUCACUGGUGCUGAGCCAUGAACACGCCCGCUACCUCAGUACCGUCCACGUUGCGGGAGUGGAGAGCGUGCUAGACGGUUCCCAGCAGCAGCUGCAGCAAAUACCCGGCGGAGACGCUGUCAGAGGCGUGUGGAUCACAGCUGCUACCUACACACCUGACCCCUACACCUUUACUGCUCUCUUUAAGUCAUGGCUGGGAGAGACGAAGGGCAAGGAUCCCCAUGUCCACGUGACGUUUCCUGCCUCCAGCAGUGACCAGGACACACUCACGUUGUUGACUGAUAUUCAGGAGGUGAUGCUGGACCCGGUGUGUCUGCCCAGCGCCAUCUCUUCCCGCCUCACUAUCCACCAUAACUUACUCCGCACUGUCUCUACUACACAAGGUAGCACAGUAACGGUGGUUGAGCUGCAGGUUGUGAAGCGUGUUAAGUGUGCUACCCUGGCUACUGUGGUGUUUGGUCAUAGCUACUACCUCCUGCCCACUGGUGCUACGUCCCUUCCCUUCAACGAUAUCUGGGAGAACAGGCAGUACGUGCGAGCAGUGGCACAGCAGUUGUUGUCCCGGGACGAAGCCCUGUUGGCCCGGGCCACUGGUCCAGUUGGGUCCAUAACCCCCAUGGUGGCCAUACUUCCUGCUCCACACUGCUCAGCACUGUCAUUGGUACACGUGGCUCCUGCUGAGUUACUGCUUGCUGAAAGACACCUGGAUACUCACCACCUUGACGUACCCGAUAAGGUGAGCAGAGAGAUGGAGGAACGACUGACGUCACUGGAAGUGUCAGACGUCAAGCUCGUCGACCUGACAUCAUCUCUCAUUCCCACCCUCAUACAGCACUUUACUAAGACCCCCAGGGGAGGCGGCGGUCGCCUGGGACAGGUGAACAACACAAGCAUGACUCAGGUUGGUAACUCUGUGUGUGGGAACACUCGUGCCUUGCCACAACACCCAGCCUUCACCACCAGUUUUGAUCCUGACGCCGAGGUAGUGACGACCCGCGGCCGUACCACUGAAACACGUCCUCGAGGGUUCUCAGGGAGGCGAGGGGGGAGAGGCCACAGGUGGAGCACCGCCUCUCUCUACUAGAUCAACCUUGUGUAACAUUAACUGGUGUUGACUUUAUAAUAUGGCAACAAGUAGUAUACAAAGACAUUACUUAUAAAGGAGCAAACCUUUACUAGACAAGACUUAGCUCAAAGGUGACCUUUAUCAGUAUAACAUACUUUGAAACAAUCACCUUUAAGCAUCAUGCGGAAAUACAAGCUUGUUAUGUUGUCUUUAUAUUACCCCGGCUUUGAUGUUUUGCCCCGGCUUUGAUGUUUUGCCCCGGCUUUGAUGAAUUACCCAGGCUCUGAUGUUUUACUCUAGCCUUGAUGUAAUUAUCGUCAAGGUGCUAUUAUAUUAGGUCCACAGAAUGAUCACAACACACUUACGCUAAUGUUCCGGUCAUGGAGGAACAUUUGGUUUUGUCCUUCCAUAUAAAUGAUUCAAACCUGGUACAACCCAUAAAAUAAAUCACAGGAUGACCACAUCACGCUCACUUUAUUGCCCACACAUUUAAGAGCCACUUAAGUUCCUCUGUCUUCUAGUAACUUGUUUAUUUUCCCCUAUAAUCUACCUUGUCCAUAAUUACUAUCGCAUUUGCUUUGUCUGAGCUUGACUCAGACCUCUACAACACAACUGUCAUCAAAUAUUUAAGUUAUACCAUGAAUCAAGGAAAGAUCCUGGACUUCACUUUACGAAACAAAGCAAAUGCGAGAUAAUUAUGAACAAGUUAGAUUAUAGUGGAAGAAUAAACAUGUUAUUAGAAGACGGGGAAAAGUUUCGUGCCUCUUAUAGAAGAAAUAUAUUUAUAUUAAUACACAAAUAACCGGCACAUAACUACGACGGCGUUUUGCUCCGACUUGGAACAUUAACUAGUGAUUUGUAGAUGAAUGGUUCAG